UUCAGCUGAUACAAUUCGAAUUCCUAAGCUACAAAAAUCUUUGGUGAUUCGUUGGGUUUUAGCUUCGGUAUCUGGGAUCUGAUUUAGAUGAUAGUUUCAUCAUCUUCAUUUGUUGUUUUUUUUUCGCUGCCUCCAGUCUUCGAUCCGUCUUCGGGUGGCGGAGAAUCUGUUGAAGUUUUCGGCCCUUAAGGUUCAGCUCGACCCAUUGGAAUAUUAUUAAAAAUAUCAAAUAAAAGAUUCUACAAACUCAAAAUGUUAAAAGCAGCACCCAUGCUGCCGGCGCCAAGCCAAUCGUUGUUCCAAAGAAGUUCAACCGGAUUCAGUUUUGUCAAUCGCGAACGGGACAACCAACUUGCUUGGCGCAAGGGAUUUAUUCCUAUGCCGCCAACGACCACCGGCUCCACUGUCGUGGGCAUAAAGUACCGUGACGGCGUCAUUAUUGCCACCGACAGGCAGGGGACAGCCGACUGCAUAGUAACCACAAACUGUAUGAAGAAAAUAUAUUGCUUGCAGGAGAACAUUAAUGCCGGUGGGUCCGGGAUCUACGGCCCAAAUGGAUCUUCACCGACUGCAAAUGAGGUGCAAGGUGCCUGUCGUCUGUGCUAACCAGUUUGUAAAGCAUCUAUUGUAUGACUAUCAGGGCAACAUCCGAAUCAACCUGAUCAUCGGUGGGGUUGACAAUGGGGGGCCUAGUCUCUAUUCCACCCGCUUCGAGGGCACCACGGAGAAGGUUCCGUUCGCAUCGAACGGAUCGGGAGACUUUGCCGCCAUGACGGUGCUGGAAAAACGAUGGAGAGAAAGUCUCGACGAAAAAGGGGGCAGAGUCUCUGGCAAUCGAUGCCGUGAGAUCAGGCAUAAAAAAAGAUCUGUAUUCUGGCUCCCCCAUCCAUAUCUGCGUCAUCCGCACCGAUUACUCGGUAUCACUAUAUGACAAGAUCUUCGCUGGGAGUCCUAUUCCCAGACCACCCGUAUGGAAAGUGAAACCCCAACCACCCAAAGUUCUUUUCGCUGCUGAUCAUGCAUUGGAACCUAUUGCCAACAGCUUACCUAGAUCUCCACCAGAAUCCGAUCAGGUUGUGCCAAAGGGCACACGGACCGCCCUCGCAUUAGCACGCCACAAGAGCAAGAAAACUAAUAACACCACGGAAAUCGAUGGUUAAACUUUUGCUAGAACAAGUUUUAGUUGUUUUUGAUCUCAUCUAAGCUCAUUUAAUUGUUACUAUAAAUUAUAGCUGUCAACUAUAUCCAAUCUCAGCAGCAAAUAAUACACAAAUAUUCAUAAUAUCAAUUCAAUGGAUUUGAAUUCGAUUUGCUCAUUGCUAAAUAGCGGUCAGCCUCUGUAAGGGAACAACAGUGUUGCAUCAGAAUCGAUACUUUGCAUCGGUAUUAAUUCCUGUAUCGAUAACUGCAUCGAUAGUUGGGCCCAUCGCAAGGUCUAUUAAAUGUGGGGUAAGGCAGGCGCUCUCCUUACCUUCCAUGAAAUAACCUUGGGACAUUGCGCUGAGCUCUGGCACAUUAGCUUUCGGUUAUUUUAAAACCAUUUUUUUUAGACCACAUCCAAUUAAAGAAUGUAUUUAAAAUAAACCAUUUAACUAUGAAAUUAUUUCAUUAAUCGGAUAAAAUUAUGCGGGCGGUGCUGAGGGUUCUAUCUAGCUGAUAAUAUUCAACGGAAUAUCAAAAUCGAGGAAUAUGUAUAAAAG